ACUCCUCUUUCAUCUCUUUGAGAUCUUAGUCAAAAAUCUAACCAAAGCCAUGAACAUGUUCCAAGAUUGGCCUGAGCCUAUAGUCCGUGUCCAAUCCUUAUCCCAAAGCAACCUCAAAGCCAUACCAAACCGCUACGUCAAGCCUCUCUCUCAACGUCCAAACUUACCCUCUCAAAACCACCACAACAAACACAACCCUGUCACCGCCGCUAUCCCCAUCAUUGACUUAGGUGGCUUAUACACAAACGACAUAACUCUACAUGCGAAAACACUCGACGAGAUCUCAAAAGCUUGUAAAGAAUGGGGGUUCUUUCAAGUGGUUAACCAUGGGAUGAGUCCUCAGCUCAUGGACCGAGCAAAAGAAACAUGGAGAGACUUCUUUCGUCUUCCCAUGGAGCUUAAGAACAUGCAUGCUAAUUCGCCAAAAACUUAUGAGGGAUAUGGAAGCCGACUUGGCGUAGAGAAGGGAGCUAUUCUUGAUUGGAGUGAUUACUAUUAUCUUCAUUACUGCCCCUUGUCUUUGAAGGAUUACACCAAGUGGCCUUCUUUAUCUCUUCAUCGCCGAGAAAUACUGGAGGAUUACUGCAAGGAAAUGGUUAAACUGUGCGAAAACUUGAUGAGUAUAUUAUCGAGAAACUUGGGAUUACAAGAGGACAUCCUUCAAAAUGCGUUUGGUGGCAAAGAGGAAUCUGGAGGAUGUUUAAGGGUUAAUUAUUACCCAAAAUGCCCUCAGCCAGAGUUAACACUCGGCCUCUCACCACACUCCGAUCCCGGUGGAUUGACCAUUCUUUUGCCGGACGAGCAAGUCGCCGGCCUUCAGGUCCGUGGAUGUGACGACGCUUGGAUCACAGUCGAGCCAGCUCCUCAUGCUCUCAUCGUUAACAUUGGUGACCAAAUUCAGAUGUUGACCAAUUCAAUAUACAAAAGCAUAGAACACAGAGUGAUCGUCAGCCCUGCAAAGGAGAGGUUGUCAUUGGCAUUCUUCUACAACCCAAAGGGCAACAUCCCAAUCGAGCCAUUGAAGGAGCUAGUGACCGAAGAUUCACCAGCUCUCUACUCUUCCACGACCUAUGAUCAAUACCGUCAAUUCAUGCGUACGCAAGGUCCACGUAGCAAGUCUCAUAUUGACGAACUUAGAUCCCCUCGAUAGUAGAACAUGCGUACAUUGAAUUUACACAGACGAUUAACUUGUUUUCUUCUUGUCUAAAUAAUGAA